UUUAACUUUGGGGACCUGAACCUCACAGAUCGCCAAUGCUAACAAGGAACUGCCUGCUGCUGUUCCUUUGGUUUCUCGUUGACGAAGGCUCAGUCUCUUCUUUACACCUGCCUUCAUCACCACUGGGACGGAGCAGGACAGCGAGGGAGCACGCCAGGAGCUUGGUGGGCCCGAUGAGGAAUGGGGCAGCUGGAUUUCAGCGGGUCAAGAGGGGCUGGGUGUGGAACCAGUUCUUUGUGCUGGAGGAGUACAUGGGGUCAGAUCCGCAGUAUGUGGGCAAGCUGCACACUGACCUCGAUAACGGGGACAGUGCGGUGAAGUACACUCUCUCGGGGGAUGGGGCUGGCUCCAUUUUCACAAUUGACCAAACAACGGGGGACAUCCAUGCCUUAAGGAGUCUUGACAGGGAGGAAAAGCCUUACUACACCCUACGCGCCCAGGCUGUUGACAUCGACACCAAUAGGCCUCUAGAGCCUGAGUCAGAGUUUGUAAUCAAGGUCCAAGACAUCAAUGACAAUGAGCCAAAGUUCCUGGAAGGACCGUAUAGGGCCAGCGUCCCUGAGAUGUCACCAGUAGGGACAUAUGUGACACAAGUGACGGCCACAGAUGCAGAUGACCCUACCUAUGGAAACAGUGCUAGAGUGGUAUACAGCAUCCUCCAAGGCCAGCCAUACUUCUCUGUUGACCCUAAAACAGGAGUUAUUAAGACAGCCUUGCCCAACAUGGACAGAGAGGUGAAGGAACAGUACCAAGUAUUAAUCCAGGCCAAGGACAUGGGAGGCCAGCUCGGGGGACUGGCUGGGACCACCAUUAUCAACAUUACCCUCAGCGACGUCAACGAUAACCCGCCUAGGUUCUCCAAAAGUUUCUUUCACCUGAGAGUUCCUGAGUCUUCUGCUCUGGGGUCUGCUGUUGGGAGGAUCAAAGCCCAUGACUUGGACAUUGGGAAAAAUGCUGAAGUUGAGUACACCAUUGUGCCAGGAGAUGGAGGCGCCAUGUUUGACAUCACCACCAAUGAACACAACCAAGAGGGGAUUAUCAUUCUCAAAAAGCCCCUGGACUAUGAAACCAAGAAGGCGUACACAUUUAAGGUAGAUGCCUCCAAUGCUCAUCUGGAUCCACGAUUUCAAAGCUUCGGGGCCUUCAAAGACACAGCAACAGUGAAGAUAAACGUUUUGGAUGUGGAUGAGCCCCCAGUGUUCAAUAAGCCCUCCUAUGUGAUGGAUGUGUAUGAGGACACACCAGCAGGCACCAUCAUCGGAGCAGUGACGGCACAGGAUUUAGACGCCAGCAGCAGUCCAGUCAGGUAUUCCAUUGACUGGAAGAGUGACUUGGACAGCUACUUUGACAUUGAUCCAGUAGAGGGAACGAUUUCCACAAAUGAACUCCUUGACAGGGAGAACAUCGCCCAGCACAAUAUCUCCAUCGUGGCGACCAAACUUAGUAAUCCAGUUCUGACCAGUCGGGUGGCUGUCACUGUCCAUGUGUUGGACAUCAAUGAGUUUCCACCUGAUCUCGCCAGUCCUUAUGAGACCUUUGUGUGUGAAAAUUCCAAAGUUGGACAGGUGAUUCAAACCUUCAGUGCUAAAGACCAGGAUCUACCACCUGCUGGACAACAGUUCUCCUUCAAAUCACCAAAAGAAGAUAUAAAAAACAAGAAUUUCACAAUUCGAGACUUUGGAAAUAAUACAGCUGGAAUAGUGACAAAACGGAAUGGCUUUAGACGGCGUGUGCAGGAAAUCUACUUUCUUCCUGUGGUGAUUGAAGAUAAUGGUUAUCCACCCAAGAGCAGCACAGGCACCCUGACCAUCCGUGUAUGUGGCUGUGAAUCAGAUGGUUCUCUGUUAACUUGCAGCGCAGAGGCCAUCUUUCUCCCAGUGGGCCUCAGCACGGGUGCUCUGGUUGCUAUCCUUCUAUGUAUCAUCAUCCUGUUAGUCAUUGUGGUCCUCUACGUGGGGUUGAGACGACAGAAAAAGAAGGAAACCCUCAUGUCAUCCAAGGAGGACAUACGGGAUAAUGUCAUCCACUAUGACGAUGAAGGAGGGGGUGAGGAGGACACACAUGCCUUUGACAUGGGUACGCUUCGUAAUCCCAAGGUUGUCAAAGAGAACCUGUACCGCAGAGAUGUCAAACCUGAGUUGAAGAGAGGUCCCAAGCCACCGGUCUCACAGGACAGUGCAGACAUCCGAGAUUUCAUCAACGAGCGUCUGAAAGAGCAUGACAUGGACAACUCAGCCCCUCCGUACGAUUCCCUUGCCACGUAUGCUUACGAGGGCGAUGGCUCCGUGGCUGAGUCACUCAGCUCCAUUGACUCCCACGCUAUAGACCUUGAGGAGGACUAUGAUUACCUCAAUGACUGGGGGCCCCGCUUUAAGACACUGGCAGGAAUAUUCGGGGAUGGGGGGGGGGGCGGGGGGAUAUACAGUAACAUUAUUACAUAAGCAAAGCAGCCAUUCAAUUACCUUUCAAUUGAAUGUUGUUUGUUGUCUGACACUUUGUUUCCUAAUGGGGAAUAAGCAUACACACGGAAAUGUUGUCAUUUCCUAGGACAUCCUUAAAAGUGCCUCAAUAUGAUUGUUCUGUCACUUGCCAUUUCA